CACCUACCUACUGUACCACGUCUACCUUCUGGGAAUGGACUGGAAUGCCUCUUUCAGCUCAAAUUGGGAUAGGGUUCAGCCUCCAUCCCCUCCCUCCCCUCCUAUGCCUCCCUUCUCCCCAAGGGGGACUGGUGCCAUAGCCAUGACUGAGGGUCAAUCAUUCUCCUGAUAGAAGUUACCACAGAAGAAUUGCCUCCAUCAAUUAUUACAUUUAAUUAUUUUUAAUAUUAUAAUAUUAACUAUAAUCCAGAGUUGCAACUAGAAACUAGAACAACUAGAAAUAUGCCAAAUCACCACAAUUUUCCAAAAUGGAGAUAUGUUUCUUCAUUGCAAAGGUUGUGACUAGAGCGAGUACAACUAUGACCGGAAGGGAGCAGGUUAGGAGAGCAUUUUAGCUAACCUUAACCCUUUUACUAACCUUAUCCUAAGUCUUCUAACCUGCCACGUUAAUUAUCCUAAUCUGCUGUGUAAAUUCUCCUAGCCUGCUACAAAAAAGUAACUUCCGGUCGUAGCUGUACUCUCUUUAGUCAGAAUCUGUUGCAAGGGUUUAGUUAUUUCAGACCCUGUUUGUUUUACACUAAACAAGAAGGCCUGUUUAAAGUGAAAUGUUUGUGUCUGUGGUCAAGUGUAAAUAUGGAGUAAACACCAUAGAGCGUGUAGUCUCACAUUCCUUGUUGGAUACAGUACUUUACAGAGUUUGUUACAGAUUCAAAAAAAAUCUCCUUACUAAAAUUAUUUGCCCAUGUCUAUUACUAAAUAGACCCUAUAUUGCUCAAGCAGGAAUUAAAGUGAUGAAUCUAAUGUCCAUGAAUAUCAGGUUGAGCUAGCUGUUUGUGGAGAAUAACUGACCCUCAUAUCAAGGCAGAAACAGUCCAGACAGACAUUUGACUUUAAUGGUGUCUUCCUUAAAGGGGUACAGGGAAGAAGAAUAAAGCCUGACAUGGUUUUUUUGCAUCCAAACAUUUACAUUCCUUAUUUUUACAGUCAUUAACUUUUUGUAACCUUUUGUGUUAAAAUCAUUAUUUAAUUGUGUUAACCCCCUAGUGCCAAUCUACAGUGAAAGUUAUUAAAAUUGGUGUCACAUGGAUUGACGCUGGAGAGACGAAGCAGGUACAGGGAGUCAAACAUUUGACAUGGAACGAGACAGGAACAGCGUCAACAUACAAGAAUCAAUGCAUCAGCAGGGAACCUGACAUAUAGGGAGGUAAUAAACAGAUGAUAGGUGAGUCCAGGAGAGUCCAAUAUCGCUGAAGCGCGUGACGAGGGAAGGCAGGUGUGCGUAAUUGAUGUCAGGAGUGCAUGAUGCAGGGCAGCCUGGUGCCCUCAAGCGCCAGUGGAGGGAAGAGCAGGAGCAGACGUGACAAUUGGUUUAAUUGAAAAUGUGAGCUAAUUAAAUUUAGUUAUGUAUUUAACUAGCUACUGUUAAUUCAAUGUGAGUAUACAAUUUCAAGUGUUCCUGUAAUUUACUUUAUUACUUUAGAUUUUAUUUAUUCGUUCUCUCUGGACAUUUCUGUCUUAUUUACAACUAAUCUGGUCUAUAAUUUGUAAUUCAUUACAACCAAUUCCAUUACUUCUAACCCAGUGCAAGUUGUGUGAUGUUCCCUUUUCUUAGUUUCCUAGUCUGUCCAGUGGGCUUGACUACAAUGAGCCCACUGUCACUGAUGCAGAGGGAGCUUUAACGAUGAACUUCUCUAACAAGGUCCAUCAUCAGGUCUCUCUCUAUCUGAUUGGACGAGCCUAUACAAGCCUCCUGUCCUGGUUUCUAUGGUGAAGGUGAUGGUAGACAAUGAGCUGCUGGGCUAUGCCUGUGAACAGUUCCUGGGGAAAUCUGUGAUGGAGAUAAAGAGUGUCAUUCUGCAGACCCUGGAGGGUCAUUUACGCUCUAUUCUCGGUACUCUGACGGUGGAGCAGAUCUACCAGGACAGAGACAGAUUUGCUGCUCUGGUGAGGGAGGUGGCAGCGCCCGACGUGGGCCGCAUGGGCAUCGAGAUCCUCAGCUUCACCAUCAAGGAUGUUUAUGAUAAAGUGGAGUACCUGAGUUCCUUGGGCAAGAGUCAGACAGCUGCAGUACAGCGAGACGCAGACAUCGGAGUGGCCGAGGCAGAGAGAGACGCAGGAAUCAGGGAAGCAGAAUGUAAGAAAGAGAUGAUGGACAUCAAGUUCCAAGCAGAUACCAAGAUGGCCGACUCUAAGAGAGGGUUGGAGAUGCAGAAGGCUGCUUUCAAUCAAGAAGUAAACACAAAGAAAGCAGAGGCCCAGCUGGCCUACGAGCUGCAGGCAGCCAAGGAGCAGCAGAAGAUCCGUCUGGAGGAGAUAGAGAUCGAGGUGGUUCAGAGGAAGAAGCAGAUCACCAUUGAGGAGAAGGAGAUUGACCGCACUGAGAAGGAGCUGAUCGCCACGGUCAAGAGGCCGGCCGAGUCUGAGGCCUACAAGAUGCAACAGCUGGCCGAGGGACAGAAGAUGAAGAAGGUGCUGACGGCCCAAGCGGAGGCGGAGAAGAUACGUCGUAUCGGAGAGGCAGAGGCCGGUUCCAUAGAGGCUAUAGGGAAGGCUGAGGCUGAAAAGAUGAGGCUGAAGGCUGAGGCCUACCAGCAUUAUGGAGAGGCUGCCAAGACUGCUCUGGUCCUAGAGGCCCUGCCUAAGAUCGCUGGCAAGGUGGCGGCACCCCUGGCCCAGACCAAUGAGAUUGUCAUCCUAAGCGGGGACGGUAGUCGUGUGACCGGCGAGGUUAACCGCCUAUUGGCUGAGCUCCCCGUGUCCGUCAACGCCCUCACAGGGGUGGACCUGAUGAAGAUCCCUUUUCUUCAGAAGAUGACCAACCCUCAAGCAUGAAAACAAUCCAAUGCACCCAGACUCCAAUACAUCUCUCUUAUGCACUCUUUAAAUCAACAAGAAACACUUGAAUACAAGAGUUGUUGUUUUACUACGAAAAGUACUACGAAAGAGUAGAGUCGUUUUCAUUUCCUAGACCCCUGAUGCCUUAGCUCUAUAGGACCAGAUCAUCUGCAUGGACCACUGAAUGAUUUUUUUUAAAGAACAAAAAAAAGCAACCGUUCAUUUUAUAUUUUGUUUUUAAGAAGUUACCCCCAUUGUGUUGUACUUACACUCAUCUACAUUAUAGAAAAGGGGCAUUCGUCCUGAUUUUUCUGUGCAGGCCUUAUUCUGGUCUGAAAGGUCUCGCCAGGUCUUCACCUUGUGUCUUCAUAGGUUUUUUUUAUUGUGUUACACUUAGUACCUUGGAUAUGCCCAUGGUUUUUUACAGUUACUUGUGCAAGUGUUUUUAGGUAUUUCAUCACCCAUUUUUAUUGUUUCAUUCUUAUGUGCAGUCAGUGCCUGUUUACCAACCAAGUGGCCAAACCUCAGGAAAAGUAAUGGUUUGGAAAUUCAAAAAGUUUAGUGAUACUACAGUGAAAUUCAAUGAGAGAUGUAGAAAUGUCCUCCCCCAUCCUCAUAUCAUUUGCCUUUUUCUUUACUAGAAUCUUCAUUUCAUUCUUCAUCUUGGGUAUGGGAGAGGUGUGCCUUCUUAGGACAAGACAUGCAAGAAGCAGAAAGCAUACACAUGAACACGUGUGCAUCGAUCUUCAUGUCUGUAUGAAGCCAUAUACUUUCAAGAUUAGCCUUAAUAUAGAGACCCAGGAGUCCUGCUAGCUUUCCUGAUCAUCUGGAUUACCUCAGUCAAUCUAAGCUUUAAUACUUGUUCUACUUCUUUCCAAUUAUUGAGAUGCCAUAUGACAAUAUGCAUUUCAGUCUCUUAGGGUAGCCAAUGUUGUGUUAUGUCACCUUGUGGUUCCAUUCUUAAAUUACAUAUACAUUUUUAUAAAGGAUUUAUCUCUA